UGUAGGGCCCCAUAAACCCUAAUUAUCACACUCAAAAACCAGAACAACAACAGAGAAAACAAAAACUUCAAAGCUUCAAUCAGCAAUGGCGAAUCAUCGGCGAUGUAUCCAAACCCUAACUCAACAACUUUUCAAAUCAAACCUUCAUCCUAACCCACCACCACUCAUUCAACACCUCAGAACCCUAACACAGAUCCCCAAUUUUCCCCUAAAACCCUUCAACCCUAACUCUCACCACACGCUUUCAAACCCUAAUUUCAAUUCUUCAUCUUUUAACCUCACUACGUAUCGCCAUUUUUCAUCUGAUAAUAACAAUGAAAGCGAAGAAGAUGAAAGUGAGUUCGAUGAUGAUGAUGAUGAUGAUGAUGAAAUGGAGAUGAAUUCGGUGAGUUGUGUUGCGAAGAGAGAGUAUACACCGGAAGAGAAAGAAAGUGAGGCUGCUGCUAUUGGAUAUAAGGUGAUUGGGCAGCUCGAGCGGUCGGACCGGGUUUUUAAGGAGUAUGAAGCUGUGUUUGCUGUUAUUCAGAUUGGGGCACAUCAGUUUAAGGUGAGCAAUGGGGAUUGCGUAUACACGGAGAAGUUGAAGUUUUGUGAAGUGAAUGACAAGAUAAUUCUAAAUAAGGUUCUCAUGCUCGGUUCCAAGACUCAGACGAUGAUUGGUCGACCUGUAUUGCCUGAGGCAGCUGUUCAUGCAGUUGUAGAAGAGCAUGCUUUGGAUGCAAAAGUAAUCAUAUUUAAGAAAAAGAGAAGAAAGAACUAUCGACGAACAAAAGGUCAUAGACAGGAAUUAACAAAGCUGAGGAUAACCGAUAUACGAGGAAUUGAAAAGCAGCCCGAAAUACCAACCCCUGCAAAGAAGGUAGAAAAGGCAGCAGUUGCUGCUGCAUAGGAUGAACUUUGUUGUAGGUGUUAGUUUUCAGGAAUUAUACUUUCAUGAUGUUUUAUUUAUUCUCUCUUUGUCUUUUUUUCUCAAAUCAUUUCAGCCCACCUUUAUCUUUUCUUUUGUUUUAAUAUUUUGCUGAUCAUCUAUGAAACAAGGGCUCCAAUCACCCUUCUUGCUGAUUUGUUGCAAUUUUGUAUUAAAUAAGUUUGUAUUUUUGAGGACAUGAAGCUUUAGGGAAAGAACAUUACAUGGUUCAAAAAAA